CCUUGGGUACCAUACUCUAUCUACAUCUACAUCAUCAUCAUCAACAUGGCUGCGGAAAACCAAGAACGCCACGUCAGCGCACUUCGCUCUCGUUCCUACCAAGACGAGAGCUAUUUGCACGGGUUUCUUGGAACUGUGGGUGACUUACAGAAGGCUGGAGUACUGCAGGAUGUCGUCCUUGAAGUCGAGGGCCGGCGUUUUCCCUCCCAUCGGCUUGUUCUGUCCGCGGCCAGCCCCUACUUCAGGGCCAUGUUUACAAGUGACAUGGCGGAAAGUCGUCAGAAGACGGUUGUUUUACAGGGUUUGGAUGCAGACAUGUUUGGGGAGAUCCUGAGCUACGCCUACACAGGAACCCUCCAGGUGUCCCUGGCCAAAGUCCAGCCCCUGUACCAGGCAGCCGACCUCCUCCAACUGGACUAUGUGAGAGACACCUGCAGCAGCUACAUGGCCAUGAACGUGGAGCACUCCACCUGUGUGGACAUGUACAAGUUUGCUGAUGUCUUCUUUGUGGACAUUGUCCGGAAACGUUGUCUACAGAGGAUAUACAGAGACUUUGCGGAGGUUUCCGACAGCGAGGACUUCUGCAGCCUGAGUGUGAAUCAGCUGACUGAGAUCAUCAGCCACGAUGAGCUGGAUGUUAAAGAGGAGACAACAGUGUGGGAGGCUGUGGUGAGAUGGGUGCAGCACAGCAGGGAGGAUAGACUGCACCACCUACCCAGCAUCCUCCCUCACAUCCGCUUCAAACUGAUGACCUCGGAUGACACAGCAGCCAUCUUGGACCACCCCCUGGUCAGGGAGGAUUCUGGAAGUUCUGAGGUCAUUAGGAAUAUGGUACAGAAAGGGAACUCCAACCUGAAGCCGAGGUUUGGGAUGAUGACAGAAAUGGUUCUGCUUUUCUCCGGAAGGCACGGAUCAGAUGAGAUGUUAUGCAUGAAUCCGCCGUCAGGAAGGUUCUUUAAGGUCAGCUGCAGUUCCUAUCCCGAAGUCGUGGCCAAAACUGUCACCGGUGAUAACGACCUUUACAUUCUGACUGCAGAGUCUGAAGAUCAGUUGUCCCUGUUUAAGUACAAUCAAAUGGGAAACAGGUGGGAACAAAAGGCUUCAGUACACAGUACCCAGGGAGAUGGCAGGCCUAGAAAUGAGCACCUUGUAGAAGCUGAUGGACAUCUUUAUUACCUUGCAAGAGUCGUUGAUAAAGUGUCAGGGAGAGAAGAAGUGUUUAUGGUGCUGGAAAGGUACAACCAGCACACAGACCAAUGGCACUCCUGUUCACAACUGCAGCUAGAGGGAAGAUAUGAACAUGGGACAAUGGGUGACACUUUUGGAAUGAUAAAGGAAUAUAAGGUAGUAUCUUGUGAUCGGUGCAUCUACGUGUUCUCAGACACAGAAAUGCAUCGCUACAACCCAAGCCAGGAGCUGUGGAGCAGGCUGACCAUGGCAAGAAACAUUCCUGAAUUUGUUACAGCCAUUGCCAUGGGAACAGAGAUCUUCUGUGCGGAUUAUGACUUUACCAGUAGCAAGAUGAUGGUGUACGACACAGAGGCAGACAGCUGGCUUGAGCUUCCGGCUUUGGGGCGGAUAGCUCAAGAGGACCGGUCUUACUCGAUAUACAGUUUCUUUGUGCUGGAGGAUCAGCUGCAUGCGUUGUUGUUCUGCCGCAGGGAAACAGAUUCCCAUACCUUCCGUAUUUUUGCGUAUGACAGGUCUACAGGUAUUUGGAGUGACUGUGUGGGGUUGCCCGUCCUGCCCCCAGGACAUUGGCAGUGUGUUGGCCCAUGCACUGUGGCACGUAUUUACUUGCCUUAUUUGAAGGAUAAUGAUAUAUUCUUAGAGUGUGCAGCACGCCCAGUGGUUUAAUCUCCAGCACGCUGAAGUAGCCAUUUGGCACACAGUUCUCUGUUGGUUACAGAGUUAGGCAGCAGGGAGAAGGAGAAGUGAUUGAUAGUAUCACAAGUUAGUACAUCUACAGAUCACAGUUUGGUGACUAUUGAUCAAUGUCGAGUUUUUAUGCAUGGGAGAUAGGGGUGCUGGAAGGACGUUUAGUCUUAAGGUCAUCCUCCUCCCAUUAUUGACUUGACGUGUCUUCAAUGCCAGACACAUACCCUUUAUAAAACUUCCAUUAUGGUUGUACAUGUAUUUUACUUCAUAUGCUAUGUUUUUCCUUUGUAUGUUAGCCUGCCUGAAUCACACAGCCCUCUGUUGAGGAGCCCUAUAUAGCCCUUGGCAAUGAUAGUUUGUUUCACACAAACUAUUCAUAUGUAAUUUGUUGAAGAAUGCACCUGUUUAUAUGUUUCCAUAUGCGAUAUAAUUUUGUGAAACUUUUUUGGCAUCCAAUUAAAUAUGUGCAACUGUUCUUGACAAAA